AUUUCUGUGUUGCACUCUGUGGUGCUACAGUAAAAUAUAGCCUGAAAACAAAGUCGAGUUGUAUUACACAGAGGAUCGUCCAACGGAUUAGCCCAGUCUUUGUUUAAACUUCUGAUGGAUAAUGAGGCUGAUAUAUUUUACCGGGAGCUUCCAAAAGUGGAGCUUCACGCGCACCUCAACGGCUCCGUUAGCUGUCAGACCAUCGAGAAACUCAUCAACAAGAAACCUCAUCUCAAGAUUGAACACGACAUGACUGCUAUCGGCAAGGGCCAGCGGAGGACACUGGAUGAGUGUUUUCAGGUCUUUAAGGUCAUUCAUCAGCUGGUGGACACGGAGGAGGACAUCCUGAUGGUGGCGACAGAUGUUAUCAGGGAGUUUGCAGCUGAUGGUGUCAAAUAUUUAGAGCUUAGAAGUACACCAAGGGAGGAGAAAAACACAGGGUUGACAAAAAAGAGAUAUGUUGAAACUGUCAUCAAAGCCAUCCAACAGUGUAAAUGUGAGGGACUGGAUAUUGAUGUGAGGUUUCUGGUGGCGAUUGACCGCAGAAAUGGGACUGAAGUUGCAAUGGAGACGGUGAAGCUUGCUGAAGAGUUCAUGCUGUCCUCUGAUGGUUUGGUGGUAGGACUCGACCUUAGUGGAGAUCCAACGGUUGGCCAUGGAAAAGACCUACUGCCUGCUCUACAGAAGGCCAAGAACUGUGGACUCAAGUUGUCCCUGCACCUCUCAGAAGUACCAUCCCAGCUGAAGGAGUCAGAUCUGCUGUUGAAUCUUCCUCCAGACAGGAUCGGUCACGGUACCUUCUUGCAUCCUGAAAUGGGUGGAUCUCAAAGUCUUGUUGACAAAGUGGUGACAAACAACAUACCACUGGAGCUUUGCCUUACAUCAAACGUAAAGGGACAAACUGUACCGUGUUACUCUAAACAUCAUUUUAAGUAUUGGUACGAGAUGGGACAUCCAAGUGUGAUUUGUACCGAUGAUAAGGGAGUCUUCAGUACAGAUUUGUCUCAGGAAUAUCAGCUUGCAGCGUCCACCUUUGGUCUCAGUCGUGAAGCGGUAUGGAAACUCUCCCAGCAGGCCAUAGACUGUAUCUUCGCACCAGACACCAUGAAACAGCAGCUCAAACAGAAGUGGACUGCUAUCCAGCCUCAGUUGUUCAAGUGAUCCGCUCAGUGGAACCUAAAACCAUCAUAUACCUCAAAUUUCCUUUUUUAAAAAACAACCUUUUCUACUACCUUUAACAAAUAUUUGUAGAAAUCUUCACAACUAAAAGGGAAAGCUAAAAUGUGAAUAGGGAUAGGUCUGGUUUGAAAAUAAAAUAACUAAAGUAAAUACUUGUUGAGUACAACAACUGUGUUAUUUUCUGCUGAUAUACAGUGUCUGUGCAGGCGUUUCAACAGAUAAAAAAUAAAUUUCAACGUAUAUUCAGUCUUUUGGGUGCUCAUGUUCAUGCUGCUUUGGGUCCAAACAGUGUCCUGUCAAUGCAGCACAGGCGACGUUCACGCUCUUUUUCCAAAUUUGCCGUGUUUGUCCUUGCCUUUCUUGAACUUGCUGUGCUGCGUUUCCUUCUUUUUUAGUUUUCCAUGCUCAGGAGCCCCAUUACUUGUUUUGGCGUUUCCCCCAUCCAACUUCCUCUUCUUGUCACUGUUUGGAGUACGACAUAGUUACAAACAUUUUUCACAUACAGCAACCAAACAACCAUACUUUAGUCAAAGAUCUUGAAUGUCACUGCACCUCUUGAUGCUGAUGACAGCCGUGUUUCCUGCUUUCUUCAACACCUGGUCCCAUUCGUCAUCAUUUCCACGAAUCUUGUACCUGAUAAUACAAAAGGAAGUCAUUACAACUACAGUAGAAAUGGUUCUGUAUAGUUUUUUAGUUCAAAAUUCUGUACACAAAUAAGAACAUCCCCGCCCAAACCUGUGACUUACUCUUCCAAGUCCAUGUCCUUUACUUUCUCUACAUCCUGCUUGUGUUUCUCCUCAAACUCCUUAGCUGCUUCAUUCUGUUAGAAACAUUCAUUGUUUCAACAUUUUGUCAAACAUGUGUUUUAUGUUUUCAGUUAAUUGUUAGGUCUAUAAAAUGUCACAAUUGUAAUAAAGAAAAAGACUGUUUUUA